AUGAAUAAACCCAUACGAAAAAACCACCCACUAAUCAAAAUUAUAAACAACGCACUAGUAGAUCUACCCACCCCAUCAAAUAUUAGAACAUGAUGAAACUUUGGAUCCUUAUUAGGAUUAUGUUUAGGUAUACAAAUCAUCACAGGACUAUUCCUAGCUAUACACUACUGCCCCAACACUGAAUCAGCAUUCUCAAGAGUAGUACACAUUUGCCGAGAUGUAAAUUAUGGGUGAUUACUACGAACACUACACGCUAACGGAGGAUCAAUAUUCUUCAUUUGCAUAUACAUACACAUUGGACGAAAUAUAUACUACGGAUCAUACAACUUCACAGAAACAUGAAAUAUUGGAGUAGUAAUCUUCUUCACUACUAUAGGAACAGCUUUUAUAGGAUAUGUACUACCAUGGGGGCAAAUAUCAUUCUGAGGGGCAACAGUAAUCACUAAUUUACUAUCAGCAAUCCCAUAUGUAGGAACAGAACUAGUACAAUGAGUUUGAGGGGGAUUCGCCGUAGACAACGCCACUUUAAAUCGAUUCUUCACAUUACACUUCCUAAUACCAUUUAUAAUUCUAGCAAUAGUAAUUAUUCACUUAACAUUCCUACACCAAACAGGAUCAAACAACCCAACAGGAAUAAAUAGAAAUACCGACAAAAUCCCAUUCCACCCAUACUUCACUAUCAAAGACACAGUAGGAUUCAUUUUAUUAAUUAUAAUAUUAUCAAUAUUAUCACUAAAAGAACCUUACCUUCUUGGAGAUCCAGACAACUUUAUCCCUGCAAACCCACUAGUAACACCAAUUCAUAUUCAACCCGAAUGAUAUUUCCUAUUUGCAUACGCAAUCUUACGAUCAAUUCCUAAUAAAUUAGGAGGAGUAAUUGCUCUAUUUAUAUCAAUCGCAAUCUUAUUAAUCCUACCCCUACAAAAAACCAAAUUCCGAGGAACACAGUUCUACCCAAUCAACCAAAUUAUAUUCUGGCUAAUAACAAACACUGUAAUCCUAUUAACAUGAAUUGGAGCCCGACCAGUUGAAGAACCAUAUAUUAUAACAGGACAAAUACUAACAGUAAUAUACUUCUCAUACUACAUCACGAACCCAAUAAUAACAAAAAUGUGAGACAAGACAACAAAAU